AUGACCGAUUACGCCCAAACAGUUCUAGACCAUUAUGGACUGAGUACUCCAUACCCCUUGGAAUGGCCGCCAGAGAAAGAUGAUAGUGAGGCAUCGGAGGAGGAGGAGGAACCGAUUGCAAAGCGGAUGACCAAAGUUCGAAGAUCGAAAUCUAGAUACUCGGCAUUAGCACGCGCAACCAGCGACAGGAGGAGUCUCGUUCCAGGAUCGCAGAAGUCGAAUAAUGGAGUUGAGAAUCUGGUGCAGCGGGACGAGCCUGAUCCACUGGGAAGCACCGAAAGCGUUGUUAGGAUACUGCGGCAGCUAGGGUUGCCAGUGCAAGAUGAUACUGGGCUUCGCAAUAGGUUCCUCCUCUCUUCGACCACCUUUUCACCGUCGCUUUUUCUCUCGCAAGUUCACUCUACUGCCUCCACCCAAGAUUUGCUGCAAGGACUCGAUACCCUUUCGCGAUCCAUUGACCAGAAGUCGGCUUCUUUAAAAGUGUUGGUCGAGUCCAACUUUGAGCGUUUCGUACGAGCAAAAGCCACCAUAGACAAUGUUUAUACCGAGAUGAAGUAUAGAGGAGAUGUCCCCGUUGUACCUCCUCCCCGAACUCGACCUCACUCUCGCCACGCUUCAAGAAACAGCUUUCGAGCAAGCAGUGGAAACCAAACUGCUAUGACUGCCAUGGCCCCAGAUGUCAAGAAGAAGAAUGCGCUUUCUAAGGAAAGCGAGUUUGGGGUUCUAGGGAUUAAAAAGCCACUUUUGGACGUUUCGGCAAAGGCAGAAGAAGUAUGGGGUCCUGCUCUGGGUGGCCGUGAAAAAGAGGAAAGCUUGAAGUCGAUGUCUACAAUUUUCGAACGCUAUAAAGAGAUGUACGAGGCCAGUGCUGCAAUUUCGGAUUGUAUCAAGAGAAGAGAUUAUGAAACGCUUGUUGAAGAAUAUAGUAAAGCACGAAAGUUCGCCGAGGAAGCGAAAGACCUCACUGAGAUGCUGGGAAACUCACCACCUACAGAUGCUCAAUUACAUCAGAUACUACUGGCCGCACGUGUCUGGCAUGAUGUUGAGGAUCAAGUCGCAAACUUCAAGCGAGAGUUGUGGCGUAAGCUCAUCGCUACUCAUGACCUUCCAAUGAAUGGCGAAACCCCAUCUGGUAGCCCGCAGGAUGGACAUAUGGAAUUGAUUGGCAUUCUGCUUGAACUGGGAGUAAAUGACAGUCCCAUCUGGGUUUGGCUUCUCAGUCGCUAUGAUCAUCUUAAGAACAAAAUCACUCUGACUUGGGAUCGUUCGAAGGUUGAAAUUGAAAUCCUUCGUCGUCGACUUGCAAAUGGUGAGCGACCAACAAACCAAGUUGUAGCUUCGCAUUUACGGUCUCUUGCACGCCAUACUGCGGAAGACAAGCCUACCUCAAUCGAUUCAGCGGAAAUUGUUGAGCUUUGGGAGAAAAUGUAUGGUCAUCUGACCACGCUGCUCUCUGCCAAAGGAAUUCUUGGAGAGGUUAUCGAGUUCUGGAAGACGGUUCAGAGUUUCCUAGACGGAUCGGCUCAACGAACGUUACCAACUGGUCUCAAUGGGGAGUCAAGGGUGCACCACAGACUAUCCUCGGAAGGUACAAUUGAAUUGCAGAAAGGCACUGUCGAGCUGAUCAGUAUGAUCAGGGAGAGAGUUUUUGGCUUCUUUUCUGAUCUUCCAACCGAAGACAUCUCCUCAUUGUUCUCUCCGAUACCAGCUACACCAAACACCCCUGGAUCCGCUGGAUUCGCUGGCUUAACACCAACUUCGAUACGAGAUCCACGAUUCAACUUUGACGCAAACAAUCUGCCACCACCGUCGCCUAAACGAGGAGAGGCUUGGGAGAAGUUUGCUUUUUGGCCACCUUGGUCGAAUUCGCUAAGCGGUGUACACUAUCUUGCCAAGCUGCUUGUAUUGCUGGGAACUGGAGCCGGCGAGAUGGCGUCUGUCCCGCUUAUUGGAGAAGGAGAUGGUGCUGCUUUAGAGCAACUAAGAAAUCUGAUCGGUGGUGCUAGAGAGAGAUGCGUGAGUGCGAUAUGUGGGGCAUGGAAUAAGGAUGCCGAAAAUAUCAAAGUCCUUGAAGAUUGGCGGAGAUCACCUGAACGCCGUAACUUGACUAGGAUGCCGGCGAAUUUUGGUGCUUUUGAGAGUGCUGUUCUCUCAGGAAUGCAAAAGAUACUGUACAUCUCUGAGGCUAAGGUGGGAAAUGCCCAGGUCAUUCCUCCACCACCGGCAAAGCUUUUGCAAAUGGUUCGAAGUCAAUUUGUGACGACACUCUACAAAGCUUUCAGUGGAUUAGUAGAGAAUUCGGAACGAGUGGUUAAAGCGACAGAUGAUGAUUGGACUACAGAGACUGAUGGGCUAGCAAGUCCAGUUGCAACGGUGAUAGCAACUAGCAUUGGAGCUGGAACUGUCAAUGCUAGCGAUCGAAAUGUUCGUAUGCUGUUGACGUUGAGCAAUCUUCAAGCUCUUCGCAUUGAUGUCAUUCCUAAUCUCACAACGCAAUUUGAGAACUCAUUUGCUGUAAAGCUGACAGAAGAGAGCAAAACUAUUCGUAAUGUUGUUGGCGAUAUUGACGCACGCCUAUUUCAAUCUUACACUCGUCCGGCUGUAGAAACCCUUCGCAAUAUCAUCAAGCGUGGUAUCAUGGCUCCUGAUUGGCCCCCAGCUAACGAGGAGAAACCGAAGGAAGUCAAGGCAUAUGUGUAUGAGGCUCUACUCAGCUUAGUGCUAGUUCACACCCAAGUCUCCACCACAGCAUCGUCUCUUACCUCUCAAGUUCUUUCAUAUCUUCUUGAACAAGUCUCCCGAGAGCUUUUAGAUGCUUUCAAACAACGACAGCGAUACACACUUUCGUCCCUUAUGCAGGCUACCCUUGAUGUCGAGUUUGUGGCUCAGACUCUUACUCAAUACACGACAGAUAAGGCUAGCGAAAUACAAAGUCAGAUCUAUCAAGAACUCGACAAGGGGACGGACAAUGAUGCGAGACAGAAACUGCAAAAUGAGUUGCCGGAAAUGAGGGCUGUGUUGAAGAGGUUGCGAGAAGGAAGUAAAAGCGAGUUUACUUGCUUCAAGAGACAUAGAAGAGCGGAUCGGCCGGCUGUUUCACCACCGCCAGUCUGA